AUCAACAUUGCGCACAUUCUCUUGCCAUCUGGGAAGGUGAAUUUACCGGUUUCCGGAUAUAUCGGUGUUUUACAGCUGAUCUGAGAGUUUAUACGCAUAAAACAUGAUCAGAAACGGAAACCAUGCGGUGGAGGAGGAAGACAAAGCAGAGAGCAGUUCCUCUAGCCGGGGAGGGUCAGCCUGCAGCGCGGAGAAGAGGAAGCGGGUGGUCCGGGUGUGGUGUGACGGUUGCUAUGACAUGGUGCACUAUGGUCAUUCUAACCAAUUGCGGCAGGCCAAAGCCAUGGGAGAUUAUCUCGUAGUGGGAGUUCACACAGAUGAGGAAAUAGCCAAGCACAAGGGUCCUCCGGUGUUCAUGCAGGCUGAGCGUUAUAAAAUGAUCCGGGCGAUAAAAUGGGUGGAUGAAAUCGUAGAGGGGGCGCCGUAUGUCACCACGCUGGCAACGCUGGACAAAUACAACUGUGAUUUCUGCGUGCAUGGAGAUGACAUCACCUUAACCGUAGAUGGAAAGGAUACUUAUGACGAGGUGAAGAGAAUGGGCAGAUACAGGGAGUGCAAACGCACACAGGGAGUGUCAACGACAGACCUGGUGGGUCGUAUGCUCUUGUUGACAAAAGCGCACCACAGUAACAUUGAUAACACAGCCUACCAACUGCACACAGAUAACUUUGGGAAGGGCCCUAAAGGUCAUAGUCCUUGGACUGGCGUCUCUCAGUUCCUUCAAACAUCUCAAAAAAUCAUCCAGUUUGCCUCAGGAAAAGAGCCAGAGCCGGGAGACACAAUCAUAUAUGUGGCCGGCGCUUUUGACCUCUUCCACAUUGGUCAUGUGGAUUUCCUAGAGACCGUUCACAAACAAGCAAAGAAGCCUUACGUCAUUGUCGGAUUGCAUUUUGACCAGGAAGUGAACCGCUACAAAGGGAAGAACUACCCCAUCAUGAAUGUUCAUGAGAGAACUUUGAGUGUGCUGGCCUGCCGAUAUGUUUCAGAGGUUGUGAUUGGGGCCCCAUACGCAGUAGGCAAAGAUCUUCUGGAUCAUUUUAAGGUGGAUCUGGUGUGCCAUGGAAAGACGGAGGUGGUUUCCGACAGAGACGGGACAGACCCGUAUGCAGAACCGAAGAAUCGAGGUAUCUUCCGUGUUCUGGACAGCGGUAACAGUCUCACCACUGACGACAUUGUGCAGAGAAUCAUUGAGAACAGGCUGCAAUUUGAGGCCAGAAACCAGAAGAAAGAAGCUAAGGAGAUGGCUGUUAUCGAGGCUAUGAAGCAUAAAGAAGAUUCUGUGAAGACCGGAGGACCUCUGACGAAUAAUUAACCGUACUGAACUGUCCAAACCGAACAAAUCAAAGGCUUCAUCUUAGAACCAAAAAUAUGACCCCAAAACCCUUUGGCCCACUCCAAACCUUGACUUAACUGCUCCACUCUUAACGUUUUUUUAAAUGUCUAAACCAACUGCGCAUUUAAAUGAAGAUGAUGGAGCAACAAGGACUUGUUUUAUAAAUCGUACGACACUUAUUUGAUGACAGAAGCACUUUGUUGUGCGGAGAGAGCUGAUAUGGUACAGUAUCUAUAAAUGGGUUGGCAUAGACGUUCUCUUGGAAUGAGAGAGAAACAUUCAGCAAAUUAUUUGUGGUGUUUAUGAAGGUAAUGGGAAGAUUGUGUCAUUUCAAUGCUGUUUUUAUUUAUUCGUGAUCCAUCAAGAAAUGUUUGAUGAACAUUUUUCUAAAGUGUUUUUUACAUUAGUAUGCAUACUUGAAACAGUCAAAAAGCUUUUUAGGAUUUUACUUUGGGAUUUUUUAUUUUUUCUGGUUUUGUCUUGCUGUUAACUUCCCCCACCCGAGUGAAAGUGACAUGUCAAAGUCACAACCAGAUUCGUGCUGUACGACUCUCUCAGCUGUUUUAACAGUUUUAAUGAGCAACAUUAAUAUUCAUUACGUAUGUCAUCAGAGUGUAAUUUCUGUCAAUAUCAGCUGUGGUUAAACCCAGUCAAACUUUUAAAACUCUUUGCUUAUAUAGUUUAUGGAUCUUGUUUUUAUGCAGUUUGACAUUUUAUGCUUUGUAAUGAAUGUCAAGGCACCUUGCAAUUGUAGCAUGUGUUAUUUACUGCACAUUCAGAGUAAAUUGCUGAGAAAAUGUAUGUGACACUAAUUAAAUAUCUCUACAUUGUAGAUAUAAGUAGAAAUGUUGAGUGACCAAUUCUGAAUGUACCUGUUAGAUGCUGAAUGUUGGUGUGUUGUCAGUGUCCUCAGACAAUCUUUAAUCGAUUUAAUCUCAUCGGAAACCAGAAAUCCAUACUGUAAAUAAUCAAAACACAUCAAAUAAUUGCAAACUAGAUUGCAGUUUUCACAAUAAAAAGUAUCGGAACAAUU